GUGUACGGGGGCCUUUAGUUUUAUUACAUAUAUGAAUUGAAUAAUACCAACUUGAUAAAUUUGUGUAUUUUAUGCCGAUCUAAACGUCAACAAUUAAAUCGUACAUACGUGAUAACGUUAACGUAAACAAAGUUUUUGUCAUUCUUUUUAGAUUAGAAAUCAGACUAUUGUCUUCUUUUUUUUUUAUUUAACUACGUUAACAGUACUACUUGUUAUUUUUUGUACUGGGUAGUUGUUGCGAACAAUAUCAUGACUACUACACAAACAGAUAUAGUGGCAAUGUUAAAAGAACCGAGAAUGAUAAAAAUAUGCGCUCCGAUGGUUAGAUAUAGCAAAUUACAAUUCAGAACACUUGUCAGACGGUAUGGAUGUGACAUAUGCUUUACCCCCAUGAUCUUGGCAGACUCAUUUAUACAAUCUUCAAAAGCUAGGGACAAUGAAUUUACUACACAUGAGGAAGAUCAACCGCUGAUUGUUCAGUUUGCAGCUAAGACCAUAAAUGAUUUUGUUGAUGCCUCGGUGAUGGUUGCGCCAUAUUGUAACGGUGUAGACUUAAACUGUGGUUGUCCUCAACGUUGGGCCAUGCAAGAAGGAUAUGGAGCUGAUUUAUUGAGAAAACCAGAGCUUGUCAGGGAUUUGGUGUAUCAAGUUAGAAAUCAUAUUUCAAAGCCGUUCACCGUGUCCGCAAAAAUACGCUUAUUGAAAGAUAUACGUCAGACGAUAUCGCUGUGCCAAACUUUAGAAAAGACUGGUGCCUCCUUUUUAACAGUUCACGCAAGGACUCCGAAAAUGCGCAAUGAACCAAUCGAUUUGGACAGCCUCAAGCUUCUCCGAGAUCACAUACAGUUGCCUCUCGUGGCGAACGGCGAUGCAAAGAGUCUGGAAACCGCGGAAUCUUUAUUCCAAGAAUCCAGAUGCGAAGGGGUGAUGUCUGCCAGGGGUAUUUUAACCAAUCCAGCCUUAUUUUCGGGAUAUCUCGCCACUCCACUCGCUUGCGUUCAAGACUGGCUGGACAUCACAUCGACGAUACCGACUGAGUUUCAAUGUUUCCAUCAUCAUUUGAUGUUUAUGUUGGAAAAGAUUUUGCCUAAGAAAGAUCGAACGUUAUUUAAUGGCCUACAAAAUAAAUCGUCUGUAUUGGAGUUUUUAGAAAAUUAUUACGACAUUAGACCGAACACAUCUAAUUUAAUCGAAUUAACUCGAUGUAACUUUAGUACUUCGUACAUACGGUGUAGAAAAAAAUAUAUUAAUUGUUGGGAGGAUGAUUUGUCUACCGACUUCUUAGGAUGUAUGUUUAAUACGGAUUCGUAACGAAGAAAACUUCAAAUAAUAAUCUUUCAAAAAACCCGCUGCAAAAGUUGCCAUGUUAUUAUUUAGUUCCUUAGAUUUAUGCAGAUGGCAGUAGAGUAGUGCAAAACUUCUGAAAAAGGAUAUUCUCACUUUUUCCAAGUUUUUCUUUUUCAUUAUUGUUUUUUUAAUUUAGUUGAUGUUAUUUCUAUUUUUUCGGUCAUUUAUUAAGAUUUUAAUUAUUAUCGCAAGAUUAUUACAAAGCAACAAAGAAACUUUAGAAAAUGAAUUAUAACACACGUAAGCAUAAAUGUCUUUCGCUUUGCAUUGACCUAAAUAUCUUGCGCUACAUCUGCUUCUCUUAGUCAAUAAUUGAUUUAACCGGCAAUUAUUGCAAAAUUUUUAACCAUAUGACUUGUGGUCCUUAAGGAGCUUACAAAUUUUUUCAAGAAUUUUAGGACAAAAAUUUAUAUAAGAAACUUUACAUCUUUCAAUAUUAUUUUAAUAUUUUUUAAUUAAAAAAAAACUUAUUGUAUAUCAAAUAGUAUUUUAAUUCAGACUGUGUAACUAAUUAGAUUUACGAAUGACAACACAAUUACUGGAAUAACCUUUUGUACACUGAAGAUGGCCAAAUGUGCCAAAACGUCUGUACAUUAAUUAAUAAACUUUGUAUAUAAGCAUAAUCCAACCAGCUUUGGCUCUACAGCGCCUUUUAUAAUUUACUAUUUAUUGAAUAUAAGAGCCCAUUGCAUAAUUAAUUUAGAAAAAAACUUACACAUUGCUCAUACUGCAUCGAUUGUUGAAAGUUUUUAGAAAAGUUCCAAUUCUUCAUGUUUUAUGUAUAAUUCUGAAAGACUUCUGCAAAAUGCCAUAUGAAAUAUUGCAAUAAAACUUUUUUACAUGUA